AUGCGGCUCUUGGCGGAGGAUUUGACCAGUGAGUUGCAGGAGCAAGAUGAGAUGCAGUUGACCUUCCGUUGGCGAAGGCCCUUACACCUUGAGAGGCCUGAUCUGGACGUGUCCUCGCAUCUCGUGUUGGCCUUGAGGCAGUCCAUGGACUCCUUGGAUUCGGAGGAGUUGGCGCGUGCAGAGCUGGCGAAGCAGGUGGAGACGAGCUUCCUCCGCGUGGUCGGCCUGGGCGACCAUGCAACGGCCACGCUGGACGCCGUUCUGAUGGUGCAGAAAGCUCUGGCGGAAGCGCUUCCGGAAGCCAGGGCUUUCUUGUCGGUGCAUGGACUGGCCUGUCCCCAAAGCGAGGCAGGCCGCCACUACUGCCGCUUACGCUGUCAGGUCUUGGGCGAGCCCUGUGCGGGAAACGGCGCGAACGGCGACCCGCUGGCGGAGUGGAUCGAACGCUACGUCUUCGGAGGAGGGGCUUAUGAAUUGCCAGACUUCUGGAGCGGAUCUGGACAGGAUGUGCCGACAUGGUCUCUGAUCGCGGCACUGAAGAAUCUACCCGGCAGGCCGCUCCAGAGCGACUGCGACUUGGUGGUCUGUGCUCAUCCAGCCGCGCUGUGCUUGCUCUCCUUCUGGGCCUUCGGGCGGGUUCGGCCCAGUCUCCAGGUCCGCUGCCCAUGCUGCUGCACCUCUCCUCCACGCGUUUUGUAUUGCAAUUGGAGUUGCCUACAGUGCCAUGGGGCGGUUCAAGCUGCUCAAGCGAGGGCACAGCCAGCAUGGCCCCCACCAGCCAGCAUGGUCCUCCACAUGACUCGGAGACCCUGA